UUUUCAUCUUUUUAUUUUUCAUCGCUUUGAGCCAUGAAUUAUUCCCAUUUUGAAAAAGCGAAAAAGUACGAUGCGACCCGAACGGAGCCGCAACAGAACGCGAAGAUUCGUUUGUCAACUUUCGCAUGGAACCGCCAGUUCCUUGUUUAACCUGAUUUGGAAAGUGGUUCGCGGUCAAAAUUACCUCGGUGGAAGUCACUCUGCUCCUACGUACCGAGGAUGCGAAGUGUCCCUCCCAGGUCCUGAGAAAUUCUAGGAUUUAUCGCCAAUGUGCGCUACGCGUUCUCGUCAACCUUACGGCGGCGUACAUCGUAAUUCUGAGAGGGACCAUCCACAUCCCGCGGUACAGGCUCCUCAUCCUCCUCAUCCCGUUCCUUAUCCUUUCUACCCACCUUCCGCGUAUUCACAUUGCCCUUCGUACGAUCCCUACGCGGCAUAUCACUGCCCGAGCUCAUUUUAUCCACCGCCCUAUUGCGUUCACGACAUUACUAAGGAAGAACCCGCGGUUUGGUCUUGGACUACCGUUGUUCUCCUCUUUCUUCUUGCGAUCGGUUUGCUCGUGAUUGUUUACCGUAGCCUCUCUCGCGAGUCUCGCCGAAAUAUCGCUGCUUGGCUGCGCUCGCCCAGACUCGCUUCACAGGGCUAUAAUCGCGGGGACUGAGUUCCGUAAAGAGAUCGAGUCCCCUGCAUGAGGAACCUGCCUUGAUUUUGUCCAUCUUUCUCGACUCGUGCAGACCGCGAAGACACAAGACGCGGCUCAGAAUUAUCCCGCGGAAUUUCUCCGGUGUACCGAGCGGAACGGAGAUUACGGUCCUUCGUGCGUGGAUCCCGGCGAAUCCUCCUCAUUAACAGACACGGUAACGAAGACAUUCGUAAAUCCUGUCUACGAGAACAACGAUCGAGACGAAAGCGAAAUUGAAGAUAACGAGACCGUCCAAAACGAGUUCGUGGCAGAUACUGAUAGAUUUCGAUCAAUCCAUCGGUAUUUCCAUUUCGAAAAGUGAUUGCGAGACAAUAACGAGAAAACGCAGAAAGCAAAGUAAAAUCUGAAGUAUACAAAGGAACUCCAAUACAAUCACCUGAUUGAGUAAAUACUGAGUAAUCAACGAGAGCAAAUCGAGCUUGAUCAGAAGGAGGUAUACGCAUGGCCCGUUCGGCACAAGCCGCGGGUCUGUUCGCGUGGGUAGGAUGGCCCUUC